CUCCAGGGGGCUGGGCGUGGGGCCGUGCCCGCCGUGAUUGGCCAAACCGGAGGCCCACGAUUGGCUGAGAGCCCACCCCCCGCCUCCUCUUCGGGGGGCGGUGGCGGGCGGCGCGUGCUGCCCCAGGGGGUCUCGCGCGCGUCUCUCGGACAGCCCAGCGGCAGUGGCCACACCUGCCAUCCCUGCGAGAGCUGAGCGUGUAGAGAGGGCCGGCGGCUCUUGGCGCUUGAGUGCUGCGCGCGGGAGGGCGGGGGAUACAGGAAGGUUACGCUCGGGACUGCUAAGAGUUCCUGGAGCGCGUCGGGGCUGGGAGCAGGCGCCCCGCGAGUGGAUGCGGGCGCGAUGGACGGCGGCGCACUGCCCGGACUUGUGUCUCCUUCGCCUGCAGUCCCUGUCGCCUCCGCUGCCGGGCGGAGAUCCACAUCACCGGAACUGCUGCGCUGCAGCAGGCGGCGGAGGCCCAGCACGGCGGAGUCCGGGAGCUGCGCAGCGGCCGUAGCGCGGCGCAACGAGCGCGAGCGCAACCGCGUGAAGCUGGUGAACUUGGGCUUCCAGGCGCUGCGGCAGCACGUGCCGCACGGCGGCGCCAGCAAGAAGCUGAGCAAAGUGGAGACGCUGCGCUCGGCAGUGGAGUACAUCCGCGCGUUGCAGUGCCUGCUGGCUGAGCACGACGCCGUACGCGCUGCGCUGGCCGGGGGCCUGCUGGCACCGGCCACGCGUGCCCCGGCUUCUCGCGAGCUUCCCGAGACUUCUUCUGCCGCUACUUCGCCCUCCUGCUCCUCUUCGUCCCCGGGCGGCGGGGUCAGCUCAGAGCCCGAGUCUCCGCGCUCCGCCUACUCCUCGGACGACAGCCGCUGCGAGGGCGAGUUGAGCCCUGCAGAGCGCGACCUGCUGGACUUAUCUAGCUGGUUAGGGGGCUUCUGAGGGUCCUCGACCCCGAGCGCAACCUGGACGCCUGGAGGCAGGAGCGCCUGUCACCUGGAACCUGCCACGAGGACCCGCCCGUGCUCAGUCCCCACCUAGCAGAGGAUCUGCCAACGCUGCCUGUCCUGUCCAGCCUGACAAGCACUUUGUGAAACCAGCCCUCCUGGCCUCGCGUGGAUUGGCAGCUUUCACUGGCCCUCCCCAGCUGGGCACCAGCGCCUGGAGGUUUUUACAGAGAGGAGUUUACAAGGACACGGGGGGAUCUUUUUUUUUUUUUUUUUUAAUGCAUUAACUUGAACUGCUGGAGGGACUCUGUUGAAAAUAGGAAGACUUAUUUUUGUACAAAGUAGCCUUAGGCUUGGAGCACAAUAAAGAUUGUUUAUAUCCCUA